AUGACUUUAAAUGAACAAACAGCUGCUCGAGAACAUGAAUUAAAAAUAAAUGAAAUUAAACAAAUAAUUGAAAAUUUUCCAAAAACAACAAAUGAAGAUGAAAUAAAAUUAACUGAAGAAGAACAUGAUUUACUUAAAUUAGGUCCAAGAUUUAUGUUUAACGAUCCAAAAACAGCAUCUCGAAGACGUAGAACUGAAUUGGCAACUCUAAAACGAAAAAUUGCAAAUCGAUUUUUAGAAAAAGUAAUUAUACCUGGCCGUCCAGUUGAACAAUUUAUUGCUGAAUUAGAUGUUCUUCUUCAGAAUUUACAUGAUAUACCAAUAUUCAAGCAUAAUAAAAUGAUUCAAUAA